AGGGUAGGCUAGGCUAGGCUAGGUGCGGACACUGGAGCAAAACGCGGGUGUGACUUUUGUUACAUCAUCAUGCGUGUGUCUGUGUCUGUGUCGUGAGAGAGAGAAGAGAAGAGAAGAGAAGCAGUUCCAUUCACAAAAUCCAAAUAUCUUCUCUACUUCCGACGACACAAGGAAUCUCGAUCGCUGAAAAUACCCAAGCCAACACCCUCUGCAUUCAAUAAAUCUUCAAUCUUCGCUUUUUGCCUAUGAAAUCCGAUUCUUUGCCACCGCUGUAGCGAUUCACUUUCGUUUUUCCAUAUAAAGGUAACCCUUUUCUCUUACGUUCUUUCCACAUUUGUAAAUAAACUCGCUUUUUUUGCUUAUUUAAUAAUUACUCUCCAGUGUGUCUUUGCUUUUAACCCUGUUUUUCUAAACACAUCAUUCAUUUGCUACAGAUCUAGAUUAAUUAAAUAAAAUUUUAGAUUUGGAUCUAAUUAGGUUGGUUAGUCAUAAAGCUUUCAAGUAUUUCUUAAUUUAAUUGUAUUAGGGGGAGGAUUAUUGCUGAUUAAUAAUUAUACUACUAUCUCUGUCUGUUUGUGAUUCUUGUUACUCGCCACUGAACAGUGAGCACUGAAACUUUCUGAAUUGUGAUUGGUUCGAAAUCAUGGACUUGUUGAUGUUGAUUUGUAGGGAAUGGCGACUCCUGUUGAGCCUCCAAAUGGGAUCAAAACUGAAGGCAAGCAUUAUUAUUCCAUGUGGCAAACCCUGUUUGAGAUUGAUACAAAAUACGUGCCCAUCAAGCCCAUUGGUCGAGGGGCAUAUGGAAUUGUGUGCUCUUCUGUGAAUAGAGAGUCCAAUGAAAAGGUUGCAAUCAAGAAGAUACAAAAUGCCUUUGAAAAUCGGAUUGAUGCGCUGAGGACUUUGCGCGAACUCAAACUUCUUCGGCAUCUUCACCAUGAAAAUGUGAUUGCUUUAAAGGACAUCAUGAUGCCUAUUCAUAGAAAUAGUUUCAAAGAUGUCUAUCUGGUUUAUGAGCUCAUGGACACGGAUUUGCAUCAGAUUAUUAAGUCUUCUCAGGCACUGUCUAAUGAUCACUGUCAAUAUUUCCUGUUUCAGUUGCUUCGUGGCUUGAAAUAUCUUCACUCAGCUAACAUCCUUCAUCGUGACUUGAAACCUGGGAAUCUUCUAAUUAAUGCAAAUUGUGACCUAAAAAUAUGUGAUUUUGGGUUAGCACGCACUAACUGUAGCAAGAACCAGUUCAUGACUGAAUAUGUCGUCACUCGGUGGUAUCGGGCACCAGAGCUCUUACUCUGCUGUGACAACUAUGGGACAUCUAUUGAUGUAUGGUCAGUGGGAUGCAUCUUUGCAGAGCUUCUUGGACGGAAACCUAUUUUCCCUGGUUCAGAGUGUCUCAACCAACUAAAAUUGAUUAUCAAUAUCCUUGGUAGUCGAAGGGAGGAAGAUAUUGAAUUUAUUGAUAAUCCAAAGGCGAAGAAGUAUAUCAAAUCUCUUCCAUAUUCUCCUGGAACCCCCUUUUCCCGGCUUUAUCCUAAUGCACAUCCAUUGGCAAUUGAUCUACUGGCAAAAAUGCUUGUUUUCGAUCCAACAAAGAGGAUUAGUGUCACAGAAGCGCUUCAACACCCUUACAUGGCACCUCUAUAUGAUCCUAACUGUGACCCUCCAGCCAUCAUUCCAAUUGAUCUUGACAUUGAUGAAGAUCUAGGGGAAGAGAUGAUAAGGGAGAUGAUGUGGAAAGAGAUGCUUCAUUACCAUCCUGAAUCUGCUAUGGAAAAUGCUGGGUUGUGCUAGUAAUCUUGUUUUCUUCAUUUCUCUGUUAUGAUCACUUUCGUUGGUGCCUAGAGAGUUCUAAUAUCUUAACUUGUUUCAAAUAAUUAGGAGAGCCUUGAAAUCAGUGAGCCAAUAUAUAUUCUGUUUCCACUUUGUUGAGAGCAGAAACAGCAAAAAGAUGGUCAUCUUAAAAAAUAUGUAUAGCUGUGCUUUGCUGAUGCGCAUGACAGUUUUAACCGCCGUGUUGAGGGAUUGAUUAUGUCUUGAACUAUGUAUUGUAGUAGCCUCGUUUGGUUUGUACAUAAACAUGUUCCUGUGUCUUUUAUAAACCAUUUUGUAAAUUAAGUCUAAUGUUUAUCAAUAAUGUAUUAAUUAUAAACAUGUUCCCCUUUCUCGAUUUUUCCAUAACCAAAAUUAAAAAUGGUUGUUGAU